UCGCAGUGCUACUUUUGACGGAUUUUGACGGAGCAGCCCAAGCCCCAGGGAAGAAAUUUUUUUUUUGCGCGUAAGCGUGGGAAAUUUAAAAAAUCUCUGAAAUCUACUGUGUAACGAAAUCAGCUGAAUGCGUUGAAGCAACUAAAAAUUGUUUUUUGUUUUUGUGCUAAUCCAAGAUAUUGAACUUGGAGCAUUUAGAAGGCGAGAUUUUGGUAAUUGAGCAACAAGUUUUUCAUUCCAAAUUUAAAAUAAACGCCAACAGAACUUCAUCCAAAUCCGUUUCUGAGUGAAGUUUUCAGUGUGUGAGCUUUAAAAUCUAGAUUCCUGGCCGAGCUCUUUAGCGCAGCUAACCGCAGCAUACAGUGGAACCGGGAGUGAGACAGUGAAAGUACGCUAGUAAAAGAUUUGUAAGAGCAGCCUAGUUCAAGAUGCGUCGAUCCUCAUUCACGCCUGUCUUCAACCUCAGCACCCAGGAGCCGCUAAUUGUCGUCGAGGAGUCGCAUGCACCCGAAGAUGGCGACGAUUUGGAUGGCGCCGCUGGCGGCUGCGAUCCGGGCGCCACCACCAGGCGGACGAAUAGCGACGACUCUGAUCCGGACUCGCCGGUGAAUCCGUAUCUGCUAUGCCCCUUCCCUGACAUGCAGCAGCGCCGCAAGCAUUCGCUGCCAUCGUUGCAGAUAACCGAAGGGAUCACGGCCAGCCAGGUGCGUCGGCUGUCAGAGGUGGGCGGCGAGACCGGUGGCCUUAGUCCCAAGGAGGUGGAAUUUUUGGCAACGCUCUCGCAGAAGGCAAAUCCCGCGGCCGGAGGGCGGCGUCACUCGGUGGUCACAAUCUCGGCCGUGCCCCCGACGCUCUUUGGACGCAAUCGUCGCGAAUCCAUUUCCGGUGCUUCGAUCAGUGGCAGUCGCCGGGGAAGCGUCAUCGCCGGGCCCCCUUUGACUGAUCACCGCGGCAGCGUACACAACUUGCAGCUGGAUAUAAUGGACGGGAUUGUUCAGCAGCGGAAGACGCGCAGCGGUAGUGGAGUAUGGACUGCGCCGGUACUCCAGGAGGCUGACAGCAAUGUUCCCGUGCAGACAUAAGCGGCCAACGGACAGCGGACGCGGACACGGAAACAGACACGGACACGGACGCAGAUACCAGGGCGAUAUGGAGAGUGGUAGGGUGGGAUGGUUGGAUGGUCGGACACUGAGCAAUAUAAACACACAAGGACAAACAAACAAACACACGAAUGAACAUUCUGGAACUCUGCUACUCGAACUGGACCUUCAUUAACAUUUCUGGUAUUCCUUCUCUCUCUCUCUCUCCAUCCCACACAAGCUGUAUUUCUGUGCGGUCUUCUUCUUUCUCUGGGAAAUUGGUUUUCGUGGCUGGCGCAUCAUGCGAGCAAACAAACCGCGAAAACCGGUCAAACCCAAAAAGAAAAACUGGUGAAAAAAGUUCCAAAAUGAAAAACUGCAGUUAAAUAGAAAAAAGAGUGUACUAGACAGAGAGAAAACGAGAGAAAGAGAGAGAGAAAGAGAGAGCAGGUUUAAAUGGACAGAAAUCGUAAAAACACAAAACGAAAACAAAAAUGAGAAAAAAGCCCCAUUGCCGCAAUUUCGGUUAACACCUGUACAAUGUGCCACGUCUAGGUAUCCUCCGCCACUCCUGAAUUAUAGCAGACUUAGCUUAAAAACUGUCCAAAAUAAAGGAACUAUGGAAACGUCAGCCCCUAACCGAAACUACUCUAAAACUGAAAUAAAAACACAUUCCAUUUGAGUGUUAAAAACGAAAUAAAGAGCAGCAAUUUGAAGCCAUUCGAUACAAAAGCGAUUUAUGGACUGACAUGAACUAUCUAUCAAGAUUCGCGCAGCAAUUCAUAUAAGCUAAAAAUAAUGGACUAAAAUAACAAAUAUUUAACCAAUAACUUAUGAUAUAAAAUUAAAUUAAAUCAAUAUAUUGUAUAUUCAGGAAUUGAUAAAUUAGUAAAAAAACGUAGUGAGAAACCUAAACCAGAAAGACAAACAUUUAUUUACUUAGAAUUUAGCAACAACUAUUCAUUUAUUUGAUGUUGUGUAAAUUUGUGAACCAUCGCCUGGAUAAAACCACCAAUUACGAAUAUGAAAAUGAAAAGUACUAAGCCAAGCCCACAGACUAUAUACAAUCUACGGAAUUGACCCCAAUUCAAUUCAAUCAAAACGUGGAAAUCCUCAGGUGUUUUUUGAUCUUUUAUAAUUUUUCCACCUCAAAUAUUCUUCGUUUGAUUCAAUCAACAAGAGCAAUCAAAAUUCAAGAGAGUUGACAAAUGUACCAUGUACCUACAAACAUGAAAACCACAAACAUAACUUUAAAAAAUCCGUUAAGUAAAACUAUAAAAUAUAUAGUAAAAAUUUCUAGUCUAAGAUGAAUAUAUGUAUGUAUGCACGGUUAAGCAGCAAUUACUCUGGAAAUGUUAAUAUUAUUGAACUUGGCUCGCUGCUUGCCCGGCCCAGCAACGCAGCCAGUCUUUAGUUCGAGUCACGAUUCCUAGCCUUAGUCCCCCUCCUCCUCUCGUUCCUCUAAUUUCCAUCCAGCUUAAAACACACUCCAAAAUACCAUGAAAAGAGCAGAAACGAAAACGUUGUGAAGCGCUUCUGUGGACCAGAUCCAUCGGAAAUAUGAUAUAUAUGGUCACUUUUGCGUUUUCUCGUAUCUUCAAAAUUGUGGAUGCCAUAGAUUUUCGUCCUUUAUGGGGGCGUAACUCUUGUAGUACGGGUAUAGUAAGUAACAACUUAUAAAGCUUCUGGAACCUUUCUGCUUAAUUUCGAUUCGGAUAGAAAAUAUAUUAAAAAAAAACGAAAUGCAACCUAGAAAAGAAUUUAGCCCUAAGCGCAAGUUGAACAGAAUGAUGCCACAGUGGCUAAGGCGGAGGCGUUUUAUUUUACACAAUUCUUGGUGUUGUUAUUUCUUACAUAGCAUGUCUUAGCGGAGAUAAAUUCGUAUGGAACGUACCUCUUAUCGUUAUAAGCUCUAGACUGUACAUAGAAAUUUGCUUCUCUAAAGAGAGGAAAUAGAAUUUCGGUUUUCGUUCAUAAACAAGUAAGGAAAAUGUUGGCAAUAUCUUCCGAACAGUAAAACCCCAUAAAAAAAGAAGCGAAGAAUAUAUUCCCAAAAUCAUUUACGUCUCUUUAACCUAUUUGACUUGAUGAAAAAAUGUCGCUGGACGACGAAGAAAAAGAAAUAUAUAUAUCUAAAUAUAUGGAAUAAAAAGAAUACUAGACAAUUUUUUUUAUUAUUAAACGUAGUCAAUGAUAAUCAACAAUCAAGAAAGAAGGAAGGUUGAUUAAAAGAAACCGAAAAAGUGAGGCGGAAGAAUAAAAUACAAAAAUGAUGAAGACGAUAUAUUUAUUGAAUGAACUAUACGUUUACAUACAUAUUGACAAAUCGAUUAUAUAGUAAAUUAUUGUCACAACGCAAGAGCAAUCAAUGUUUAAAUUAAUUAAAUGUUACAAAGAGUUUUAAAUAUGAAAUAUACAAAAAAAUAUAUACGCAAUAUAUAUAUACAUAUAUACAUAUAUAUGUACAUGAAUACGCAUAUAUGUAUACAUAAACAUAUGCAUAAAUCGAAGAUUAAACUCAAAUGAUAAUUUGUCGGUAACAAAAAUUAUAACAUACUAAAAAAUUCCCCGUAGCUCUCUGAUGUGGAAAAUGAAUUGGUGUCAGCCAUAGGGAUUCGCUUUUGAAUAAUUCUCAUCACAUUACAUUAAAUGGAUGACAGAAGAGUGAAGAACAAAGUCAACUCAACUUACUAUGAAAGUACAUUAUCCUUCCAGAAACUGUACUCUAAAUCGGAUUUGAUUUCCUUUUAAUUCAGACAUAGAUAAGUUGUAUUACAUUCCAGCUGUGUUUCAGCCAUGCAACUGUUUUACAUCAGCGGACAGUUUGGUUUUAAAAAUGGAUUUGAAUCAUUUUAACUUUAGCUAAAAAUAGCUUGAAGAUAAAAUCUCUUUAGUUUUUUUGGUUCUGCCGCAGACAUAUUCAAUCUCAAGGUUACAUCAUAUUGUCCAGUAAAGGCUCAUCAGUUGAAUACCAGGUAUAUGUACAUAAUUUUGUACCAGAAUACACAGGUCGAACAUCAAUUAAACAUCAUUUCGACUCCAUUAGACGCUUAUUCACUUCUGCGGUAAACGUCCAUAAAUAUGUGCAUGCAUACAUAUGUAUGUAUGUACAUCUCAUGUGAAUCAGGCUUUGCGAUCCUAACGGUUGGCACUCUUUAAAGAAUUUUUGUUUUUCGUUAAAUGAAAAAAGAGUCAGUUUUGUCUUAGUAAUAAUUCACAUCUUUGUGUAUCUGUCUAUCUUAAUUGUGUACCAAAUAUUAUGACUAAUAAAAGAAGAAAAAUCGCAAAGAGCAAGUGAACAAGAGAAGCAGCUAUGAACAGAGAAUGGUAUACCCAACAAAACUAAACUUAAUUAUUAUAAAGAUUACUUAUAGUAGACGUAAGCGAGCGCCAAUUGAGGCAUCAUCUGCAUACACAAUUAAAUAAAGAAAACG